AUGGCCACCGUUGCCAAAACAUUUUCCAUGGAGCUCCGAAAUGCUGCUUGGCCGUCACUUGUAUUUGUGCUUGUCUUUCUUGUCACAUUACCUCUCGGCACAUUUGGGCGAACACACAGGCAACUUAUCAACGAGAAUGUGGGAUUGACAUCACUCAACGCGAUUUUUGUACAUUUUGGCUACUGGUGGUUUACUGCUGCUUACUUUGGCCUUAUUAUCUCGGCCCGGCGUAAGCUCCGCCUGCCGUUUUUCGCAUACGCCUUGAAUUCUGCAUGCGCUAUUGUUUUCCAAGCUUGGUUUUUCGGCCCACUGAUUGUUGAACGGAUAAACAGAAUAUCGGGCGGGCAUUGUGUGGCAGACAAUGGCGAAAAGAGGCGUCUAACGAUGCGUGAAUGCCUACAGUGCGUAAAUUGCUCGUGGAUAGAUGGUUUUGACGUCCUGUCACAUUAUUACUUUCUUCUGAGCCAAUUUCUUUUGCUCUGGCAUGUUGCCAACUGCCAAGCGCCAAGUGGUCGCCGAACAGUGCUCUGGAUACUUUCCGCUUUGCUCAUGACGAUAUGGUUUACAGAGUUUUGCAUCACGAGCGUGUUUUUCCACACAGCGGGCGAAAGAUUGGCAGGCUUAACUGGGAUUAUUGUUGCUUUGGUAGCGAUACGUGUGGAUCUCGAACAAUCCGAGGAGAUUGUGUCUUCAUAG